AUGAAGCAAUUCCUCCUCCUCGCGCUCCUCGCGGCCCUCUGCGGCCACGCCCUUGCUGACUGUAAUGUGAGCGUCAAGCAGACGCUUGGCAGCGCCUGGCAGCAGGAGGGCAAGAACCUCUCCCAGUGGAACGUGCAGCUCACCGCCGGCUCUGAGGCGGUCAAGUCGCUCGAGCUCUCCAUCACCGGCGCCAAGAUCAUCCAGUUGUGGGAGCUCACUAACCAGUCCACCGGCCUCUUCGCCCUGCCCGAGUACCGCAUCCAGAACGGCGGCAUCGUCGCCGGCCAGACCCACCAGUUCGGCUACAUCUGGGAGUCCUCCUCGCAGGCCACCAUCGCCGUCUCCUCCAUCAACUGCGGUAGCGCCACGCCGUCGGCCUCGCCGGCUGCUCCGUCGCCCUCCACCGCUCCCGCCAGCCCCAGCGCCUCCCCUGCGGCUCCCUCGGCCUCCCCCUCCGCUGCGCCCUCGAUCGUGGCCACGCCCCAGCCCACCGGCUGCAGCGUGAGCGUCGCCCAGACCACUCGCUCGGCUAGCGCCGGCGGUAGCUGGAUCGACGGUGCCUUCCACUUCCAGAUCUUCGACUUGACCUUCCUCAACAACGGCAACCAGGCCGUCAACAACGCCCAGGUCACCAUCACCCUCGCUGCCGGUCAGGAGAUCACCCAGUCGUGGAACAUCGAGCGCAAGAGCGGCUCCACCUUCACCACCUCCACCACCUACGGCCCUCUCCAGGUCGGCGCUACGCUCGGUGCCGGCUACGUCCUCCGUUCUGCCGCCUCCGCUGGCCAGCCCGCCGCGCCCGCCGCGCCCGCCGUCGCUAUCGACUCCGUGACCUGCGCCGGUGCCCCCACCGCCAGCCCUUCGCCGGCUGCUCCUUCGCCCUCGGCCGCUCCCGCCAGCCCCAGCGCUUCGCCCUCGGCCGCGCCCACCAUCGUCGCCACUCCCCAGCCUAGCCCCGCCAACGGCUGCAGCGCCAGCGUGACCGUCGUCGCCCGUUCGGCCGCUGCCGGUGGCGUGUGGGUGGAUGGUGGCAACACCUUCCAGAUCUUCGACGUCAGCAUCGCCAACAACGGCCAGCGCCCGCUCAACGGCGGCGUGGUGACCUUCACCCUGGCCGAGGCCGGCGCGACCAUCACCCAGUUCUGGGAGCUGAGCAGGCAGGGCUCCACCAACGCGUUCAACAUCGCCUUCAACUACGGCGCCCUCCAGGCUGGUGCCACUCAGGGUGCUGGCGUCGUCGUGCGUCUGGCUGGCUCGUCGCCUGCCGCCAAGCCCACCGUCACCAUCGGUUCCCUCGGUUGCCAGUAA